UGGGUUGUAGAAGUUGCGAAUUUUAAAAUUCAAUUAAUCGUUCAAAUUGUUAUUACUAAUAGAAUCUAACCUCUUUGAAUUUCUAAAGCCUAUCGCUCAAUUCUAGAUAGUGUUAUUGCCUUAAUCCAAUAGGAUCAAAUCUUUUGAAAUUUUAUUUGCGUAACUUGUUGCGCGCGCGAAUUAUCUUCAAAAAUUGCAGUAAAUGCAGUUGGUAUGCUAAACAAAUGACAUGCAGAAACAAAUGCGAAGUUGAUGAACAAGAUCUCUCAUUGUUCUAAAGAGUUCUGUAGAAUAUAGUCAGUAAUUCCAUAGUUUUAGCAAUGUUUCCUCCUGAGGUUGUUGAGAAUAUCCUGUUGCACUGUGAUGGUAAGACGCUGAUGAAUGCACAGCAUGUGGAUUCUGCUUGGAAAGGUUGUGUUGCUUACAUAUCAAAGGAAACUGAUAUAUGGAAGAGAUGCUGCCACAAUGAUAUACCUAAGUAUCAGUUAAUGCAGAUUCUGACAAAGCAUGAGAAGAAGGUGACUGUGAAGAUGUGGCGGAUGAUAUUCUAUAACUGGUACUAUUGGCAGAACAUCAGUGACAAUAUUGAUUUUGAAGUAGAGUUUUUUGUUAUUACAAGAACACUUUGUUUGAAUGUGUUUGGUGAGUACAUUUCUGUUGGUUUUGAAAAUGGCUUUGUGCAUAUCUACAAAGCAGAUGAUAUGCUGCGAAGCUUCAAGAGCUUCCGACUUAUGCAUUUACCAGUUUCCUCCACAGCCAUCAUUGGAGAGGAUGAUAAUUCGGAGCCAUGCCAAUUGCUUUUGAAUUACAACACUGCCCUGUUUGUAACAGAUUUCAAUAGGAAAACAUAUCAACCUGGUGUUCUGGAUAAUUGCUACAAAUUUGGUCAUUACCAGAAGUAUGUCUGUUGUGUAACAGAGUAUGGGAAAGUUACUAUAGCCUCCAUCAAAACAGACCAUAUCCACGAGAAGCUGAACUUUUUUCCACUUACUCAAGUCCGUAUUUAUUCGCCUGCCAUAGUCACCGACUGUUUCCUAACAGAAUAUAUGUGCACAAUUCUGGUAAACAACAAGAUCCAGAUCAUUAAAUACUCGCAGAACUCAGUGCAAUCGAGCGUGAUCGCAGUUGACCAAGCCACGCUCAAGUUCUCCUGUAUGGACGAUGCCAAUUGGCAAAGAGUGAGAUGCACGACGAAAUUUGUUUCUAGUCAAGUUCUUAUCAACUUAGCCAAAAUUUCAGAUACAAGGAUAGCAUCUCGUGUAUGUUCCUGUACGGAAACACAUUUCUCGUUGGCACUAACUGCGGAGAUUUGUAUUUCUAUGAAAUAAGCGAUUGGAAGUUGUUCAAUCUGGCGAAGUACAGUCAUGUUGAGCACGUUUCCAAGAUGUAUCCAAUAUUAUCAAUCGACGUCUGCGAUAGCCU